AUGAAUGUCUUUGGCAACGCACUUAAGUACAGCCCUUCUGGAUAUAUCUACAUUGGGUUGAAAUCAUCUUCAAGCUCUUCUAGCUCAAUUGCGAAGAAGUCUCCUAGUGAGCAAAAGCAGGGGUUUGAUGUCAUUAUUACCGUGAAAGAUACCGGAAAGGGUAUUGGGCCGAAGUUCCUGCAAAGCGACCUGUUCAGCCCAUUCAAGCAGGAGGAUCCUUUUGUUUCCAGCAGCGGGCUAGGGCUGAGUAUUGUUCGCCAUGAUGUUCGGUUUACUCGGGGGGCUCUAUUGAAAUUGAAUCAACUGUGGGACAGGGCACUCAAAUCUCAAUUCACGCACCACUUAUGA